AUGUAUGUUCAGAAUUGGAGCCCUCAUCGAAUAUUGAAAAUUAUGACUCCUGAAGAAGCAUAUACAAGUGUGAAACCUGAGGUUAGUCAUUUUUAUAUUCACAUGCCUAAAGAUAGGAGAUCUAAGUUAGAACCAUCUAGCAAGAAAGGGGUAUUUGUGGGUUAUAGUGAAUCUUCAAAAGCCUACAGGAUUUACAUUCUAGGACAAAAACAAAUAGAGAUAAGAAGGGAUGUCUCUUUUGAAGAAGACGUUGCAUUAAAAAGAUCUAAAGGUUCGUACAUGGAGAUAGAUAAUGAAGAACAAGAGACUCCUCAGGACAUGGACAUUGAUCAUUCUCCUGAGGUUCAGAGAGAUUAUACUGAACCAAAAGAGGCUAUUGAUCCAGUUGAGCCUUUGGAACGUACUGAUGGUCUGAGAUAUAUUGCUAUAGGUCGAAAGAGACUUCUAUGGGCUAGACAGACUAUGCAAGAUGCAAAGAAGUAUGCAGCCCUAGAGGCACAUUCGAAGAAAGCAAAAGACCACACAAUUUUCCAAGCUAUGUGGCAUUAA